UUCUGUCCUCUUUACUGCUUUAAAGUAUGCCAAAUGGAGGUCUCAUGUUAGGUUAUUCGGAGAACUAAAAUAAAUGAAAGUAGUGGUUUCAGUGAAAUAACUUGUUACAAAAUACCAUGGACACUAAGGCACUUGUGAAUACCUUUGAAGUCUAGUUAAUUAUUUACAAAAGUAAUACCUACGAAGUUUUCACAGGUGGUGGAAAGUUAACGGAGACAGUAAUGAAGAUGAGAUUUAAAAGCUGUUUCUUCUUCCUAGUUACGAUGUAUUCAGGCAAACUCUUUGCAGAAGAUAAACCUUGUGAUUUGCCACACAUAGAAAAUGGAAAGAUUGCUCAGUACUAUUAUAGUUUCAAAAGUUAUUAUUUCCCCAUGCAUAAGGAAAAAAAACUUUCCUAUUCUUGUAUGAUUGGUUAUACAACUGAGAGUGGGACUCAAGAUGGAAGAAUAACUUGCACAGCCAAAGGAUGGUCUCCUGUGCCCCGGUGCUACAAAAAAUGUAGCAAGCCACUUUUGGAAAAUGGCUUUUUUUAUGGUACAGAAACAUACUUCAAAAUAGAGGAGAAACUGCAAUACAAAUGUAAUCCAGGCUACCACACUCCUAGUGGUGGCACUGAAGAUACAGUACAAUGUCAGCCAGAAGGAUGGUCCUCCCAGCCAAGCUGUGCUAAAAAAAUUGAGUCAUGUCAAGUACCAAAUUUACAUCACGGCAGCUACUUCACAGACCGACAAGAGCUUCGAUUGAAUGAAACACUGCUGUACAGAUGUGAUGAGGGAUACCACACUGCAGGAGGAAACACUACAGAAGAAGCAGUGUGUCUAACACAUGGGUGGUCCCUUCCUCCAAACUGCACUAAAAUAACUUGCUCCUCAUUGAGUGCAAUAGCACAUGGAGGUUUCUAUCCUGUGAAGAAAAUCUAUGAAGAGGGAGAUGUUGUUCAUUUUUUCUGCGAGGAAAAUUAUUCUGUCACUGUAUUUGACUUAAUUCAAUGUUAUUAUUUUGGAUGGUACCCAGACCCUCCAGUGUGUGAAGGUGUAAAAAACAAAUGUCCUCCACCGCCGCUUCCUCCUCAUGCCCAUAUCAUCACAGUUAAAAGAACGUAUCAUAACGGAGACAAAGCUCGUAUACAGUGUCAAAGUACUGUUGAAACUGAAAUCCAGUGUGUAGAAGGAAAAUGGUCAUCACCCCCCAUUUGUAUCGGAGCUAUGGAUAAGCGGGAACCUGAGGCACCACCACCACUCGAAGCACAAGCAGCAGUAAGGACAAGCAAAACGUAUCAUGAUGAAGAUACGAAAAUGCAGCAAAACUGUACCUCUCCACCUGUGAUUAAAAACGGUGUUCUUCUUGGUCCGUUAUUGACAAGUUACAAGAAUGGCUCCUCAGUAGAAUACAGUUGUCAGCGUUACCAUUUUUUGGAAGGACCUAGUACUGUUUACUGUGAACAAGGAAACUGGACUGAACAACCAAUGUGCUUAGAACCAUGCACUCUUAAUGUAACUGAUCUGGACAGCAACAACAUAGAGUUGAAAUGGAGACAGGAAGAAUUAAUUUUCCUACAUGGUGAUCUUGUAGAGUUUGAAUGUAAACAGGGGUACAAUUUUCUCCAGACUACUGUUCUGUCUCCUGGGAGGACACAGUGCAACCAUGGCAGACUGAAAUAUCCAAAAUGCAUUUUGCAAGCUCCUACAGAAAAAUGUGACUCUCCACCUUCUAUUGCAAAUGGAGCUCUUACUCUCCCACCCCUGGCCCAGUAUGACAGUGGUUCUUCAGUUCAGUAUAGUUGCUCUGACUAUCAUUUUUUGCAAGGAUCUGAGACAAUCUACUGCUCUGAAGGGCAGUGGACUUCACCACCAGUUUGUAUAGAGCCAUGUACUUUGUCAAAAGAUGAAAUGGAGAAAAAUAAUGUGCUGCUGCAAGGGUUCUAUGGGAAUCAAGUUUACUUUUACCAUGGGGAUUAUGUUGGAUUUUACUGUAAACAGAACCAUUUUGGAGCAGAAUCUGGUACAACUUUAUUUCAAGUGCAGUGUAAGAGAGGACAGCUGACAUAUCCAAGAUGCAUUGAAAGAGGAAAAUAUUUGGAAAUGGCACUGCUGAGCUGCACCGUGGUGUUUCUGCUGUGGCUGGGCUGUACUGCACAUGAAGGAACUGCCUGUGAAGACCCACCUGUCAUUGAUUUUGGAGAAAUUAUUAGUGGGAAUAAAUCGAGAUAUAUGGAAAGAGACAGAGUGCAGUACAUGUGCAACGCUGGAUUUACUUUAUCAGGAUCAGAAUGGGUAACAUGCCAUGAAAAAAUGUGGGUACCUGGGCCACCACAAUGUUUGGCACCAUGUAUCAUUACAAAACAGCAACUGCAAGUGAAAAACCUACUUCUCUCCGAUGGACAAAGACACUCAUUUUUGAUUCAAAGUGGUCGGUGGCAGAAAUUUAUGUGCGUGACAGGAUUUAAACUCACAGCCUUUCCUAUCAGGCAGUGUUUUAAUGGGCAUAUCAAACUUCCUUCAUGUGUCAUUGAACGGCCAUGUGGAAGUAUUCCAAAAGUUGCCAAUGCUCAAAUUGAAGGGAGAAACAAGGCAAGUUAUGAGCCUGGUGAAACAGUUAGCUACCAGUGUGACGAAGGGUUCCUUAUUGUUGGUACACCAGAAAUUAUUUGCAGAGAAGGAAAUUGGACAGCACCACCGUUCUGUGAAGAUGUUACCUGUGGAACUGCACCUGAAAUUCCCAAUGCUCAUAUUACAAGCACUCAACAGGAGAGGUAUCUGCCUGGUGCCAGAGUGCAGUAUGAAUGUGAAAGCAAUUUUCAGAUGAUGGAUAUAAAUUAUGUCACUUGUACAAAUGGACAAUGGUCACGAGCACCAACGUGCAGAGAUGUGACGUGUGAACCUCCUCCAGAAAUUGCUGGUGGUAAAAUUGAAGGUGUUAAAAAGUCAAGGUAUUUGCCCGGAGAGAGUGCUCGCUACCAGUGCUGGCGAGGCUUUCAGAUGACGGGAUCUGCCAGUGUAACGUGUCGGACCGGGAACUGGACAGAGCUGCCAAAGUGCAAAGGUGAAGGGGGGAAGUGUGGCCCACCUCCAGUUAUUAAAAAUGGAGACCUUCUUUCCUCCCCCAUGCAAGAAUAUUCCCCAGGUACAACUCUGGAAUACAAAUGCCCCAGUCUCUAUCUCCUGGAAGGAUCUCAGUAUAUCACGUGCACUGAUGGGCAGUGGACAAGCCCCCCGGUUUGCCUAGUGGCCUGUACAUCAUCUGAAGAAGACAUGAGCAGCAACAAUAUUGAGCUGAAAUGGGUCAGAGGAAGAAAGCUGUAUUCCGCAUCGGGGGACUUUGUUGAAUUUAAGUGUAGAAGAGGAUAUGUGAAGGACCCAGCAUCUUCUCCCUUCAGAGUGCAGUGUGUGGAGGGGACGUUGGAAUAUCCACGGUGCAAGCCAGGAAGGAACUGUAUAUUGGAUAAGAGUACCAUGGAAGGGAACCAUAUUCAGCUACAGUCAUCAAAGUUGUCGAGCAUGUCCACCUAUCGCUCUGGGGAUUAUAUUGACUUUGAAUGCAAAUGGUGGCACCAGAAAGUUUCACGUGCUGAGUCAUUUCGAGCAGAGUGCCUGGAUGGAGUGAUUCAGUAUCCUACAUGUGAAUACGUGUUUGGAUAAAUGGAAAUGACAUGAAGGAUCCCAGCUGUGGAAAUGGAUGUUCCCUCACACGACGUAGUGAUCUGAGUUCAGUUUUUGCUGACAUUUCCUGUUCUUUGUUUGCAGCUUAGCCAGUGCUCUGUCUUGGAAUUAGUUAUUUUUUUCUUUUCAUGAUUCAGUGAUUGUGUUUACAUUUUAUCCAUCCAUAUGGUUGUGCUUACAUUUUAUCCUUUCUCUAUUGAUCUC